AGGGUUUACACAUAAUAUCUAUCUCUGUAUUAGAAGGGAUAUUUAGGCUGGGGAAAUAGGGGAUUCAUCUGCUUUGUGAGGAUUCCCGACGACCGGUGACACGAGUAGUGGUUGCUCAAGAUCCACUUCCGCUAUGGAGAAACCCUUGCAAAAUAUGUCUGGAAGGUGUUUGGUAGUGCUGUUGGCAUGCAAAUGAAUUUCUCUCAGGUGAAACAUGCAGUGCAAAUAUGGUGGAAUAUUGUUUGUCAUUAUAAACUGAAAACUAUCUUUAAAGCAGUGCCAGCAAUGAUCAUGUGGCAAAUAUGGAAAUGGAGAAACACAAAGUUGCAUGGAGGUUCAAUGUCUAUUCAUAGGGCGAUUCAUGAGAUAUCUCAAAAUAUCUUCUUACUAUGCAAAGUAAGGUAUCCAGCUUGGCAGAACAUUCCUCACAAGUGGCCUGAUAUAAUAGAUUAUUUUGAGCAGUUUAGGCCAACUCUGAAAUGCAUAACUAUGACAUGGAGAUUGCCUGCAAGGGGUUGGUAUAAGUGUAACAGUGAUGGUGCUUCAAGAGGGAAUUAAUCCAGGUCCUAGUUUAGUGGCAUUUUGCAUUAGGAAUGAUAAUGGGGAUCUUGUAUAUGCAACAACACAAAAGAUUGCAUAUGGAAACAACUUAGUUGCUGAAGAUGUGGCCAUUAAACAAGGAAUUGAGUAUUGUAUGGAUUAUCAGUUGCAUCCUUUGUUGGUGGAAACUGAUUCCUUAGCUAUGAAGAUGUUUAUAAAAGGAAUAUGGGAAGUUCCAUGGUGCAUUAGUAUGAUCUUAAAGGACAUAAACAGAUUGAGAAGAGGACAAAUUGUUGAAGUGGAACACAUAUACAAGGAAGGGAACUGCCUUACAGAUUUUUUAGCUAACUAUGUUUUUUAUUUUGCCGGAACACAACAAUUUACCUCUUUUCAGGAGUUACCUUCUAUGACAAUGAGAUUAUUGAACAUUGAUAAGGCUCAGAUACUAAAUCUGAGAAUCAGAUAUGCAUCAGACACAAUAGAGUACAACAGCUGAGUUGACUAAUCUGCAUCUAUAAACUGCUAUACUUUCAGUAGUUAUCUGAUGGAAGGCUAUUGAAAAAUUGGAACUGCAUCUAGUUUAGCUGUCUGAGAAGUUAAGGAUGGGUGGUAUUAGUGUGAAUGCAUGCUCAUUCCCAUACUGGAUGACUUAAACAGAUGAGACUAAAUGUAGCUUACAUAUCAAAGAUAGCACAUCAUGGAUACGUUUCACUAGUUGCAGCAGAGAAACACAGGAGUUGAGGCUACAAACGUGAAGUCUAAAGAAAAUUCAAGAGAUUUGAAUUCAUAACACUUGGUGAGAGCUUGGAGGUGAGAAAGAUGGAUGCAAGUCAAGACUGCAGGAGUUCUAGCUUUCAUAUAUGUUACUUUGGAUGUUGUAACUGUUUUUCCUUUUUGUUUCUUAUAUUUCAAACUAGCUGUUUGGCUAGUCCUGUACAGACUAUUUUAUUUUCAAUAAA